AUGAAAUUUCCAGGCAAAAGCAGAUUGCUGGGCAGGUCAAGAGAGCUAUUUCUUUUAACUCAAAUGGCAUUUGCACUAAUGUUGCACAUUGGAUGGCCAUUGUUUGUUGAAUUCCAAGUAGAAAAAAGGAAAAGAAUGGCCAAAAUUGCAUUUAAUCAACUAGUGAAGGAGAGAAGCAUCUCUAACUCAAUUCUAAUCUGUUUGAAGAUUUUGAUAAACAAUUAUGAAAGCCUGCCAGAUGCUUCAAUUCUUGAUUCCAGAGAUCUAAACGAGCUUCAAAAUACCUGUGAUUGCUUGGUUCCUGUACAGAAGAAGAUAUUCCUUCUUUAUUCUAUGAACAUGAGCAUAGCAGUUUUAGGUUCGGUAAUUCUACCUGGAUUGUCGUAUUUAAUGAAAAAAACAGGCUGA